AUAAAUUAUCUGUCAAACAUUUCAGUGACGUUGAUAGUAUUUUUUGGUUAAAAAAUAGUAAAUAAGGGUACAAAUAUAACAAAACUUUAAAAUAAUUUACCCAAAAUGUCCAGGGUAAGUCUAUUGGAUUUAAAUGUACCACAACUGUUUGAAGAGAGAACAAUUGAAGAUAUUAUUCAUAUUGAUAAACUAUUAGAUGCAGAGAUUGAAAGGAAACGAAUGGAACUUCGUUCCAUGGUUGGUGAUAGAUAUAAAGAUAUUCUAACUGCCACUGAAGCCAUAAAAUCAAUGGAAUACAUUUCUGAAAAUAUAGUAGGAAAUAUAAUAAAUGUAAAAGAUCAAUGUGAAACUCUGGUACAAAAUAUAUCAGGAGAUUUACCCAAAAAGGCUUUGGUCACAUCUAAUGAAAAAAAUGAAGAGCGUACAAUUGUUAUGCAAAUACGCCUGGCCAUAGUUUUGAAUGAAAACAUCUGGUUGGCACUUGAUGAAGAUGAUUUUUCCAAGGCAGCUCAAUACUAUUUACUUGCCCAACAUGUACAUACAGGUUUGAGAUUGUUUCGAAAAGACAUCUUUGAAAAGUAUAAAGUUAUAAAGAAAAUUAAAUCAACUGUGGAUUCGCUGCGAGAACGAAUUCUAAGUUUUACUUAUAAGAAAUUACAAACCAUUCAAUUGAGUGCAGAGGAUACUUGCAGUAACUUGAAUGCGCUCAUGUUAUUAGAGAAUCAUAAAUGUAGUGAAUUGCUUUGCAAAUUCAUUAAGCUUAGAAAGAACGCGCUGACUACGGUUAUCGAAGCUACACAUUCUAGCGUCAGGGCGCAAGUUUCCGCAAUGGUUAAAUGCUUGUAUACAACAAUCAUUCUCUUACAUGAUUGCUUUUUAAAUUAUAAAGAUACACACAAGGGUUUAAUAUGGCAUCAACUGGAUGGGAUUGUUGGAGAUAAUUCUCCAACCACUCUAUCUACAGUUCAAUUACCUGAAACUAAUUUAUUACAAUACAUUCCAGAUAUAAUUAAGCAAUUCAGGCCCAAAUGUAGUAACGCUAAUAGUACUUUAACAAAAGAGGAGGGCGUUAAUUUAAUACAAGAAUGGAUUAAAGAUACAUCCAAUAAAGUUAAGGUUGGAAUUGAGAAUGCCUUAGAUAUGGUGCCAAACGUAAAAGGUUUACAUAUUAUUAGAGAAGAAGCGUUGAAAAUAGAACUUCCCCCAAACUGGGAUGAGAUAUGCUUAUACACGGAAUUACCAAGCAAGUUGAACAUUUGGUAUCAGUUCUUCCAAAAGUUCAUAACGAAUCGCGCUCUCUUUUUGAUAACUAAGAAAAUUACCUACAUUAUGCAAAAUACUCAAAAUGAGUUGAGUGCAGCACUAAAUACAAAAGAAAAUUGUGAGAACGAUCUUCGAUGGUAUAUAUGGAAAGAGGAUCAGGGCGAUAUUAGUCAAUUCGAAAAUAAACAUUUAGGCUUAUCGAUGAAGACUAAAGGUUAUUCCCCAUCCGUAGUUAGACUAUGUGAAGAUUUUGACAAGAAAUUUCGCGAACUUCUAGAAGAUAUAUCUGUUUAUAUUUAUGGAAUCGAGUUCGAUAAGAACAGAGAUUUUAGUUUGGGAUUCGCUUUCAAGGAUCCGAAAAAUAAUAGGAAAUUCGUCGAUAGGGAGAAGUUGGAAGAACACUUGAAAUCUGAGUGCGGAAUUCAUAUUAAAAGUUUGAUAAGUUUUUUGGAAAGCGUUAUCCAAUCAAAUGAAGAUCAAUCAAAUAUUCUCAUGCAGUCAAUAUUGUCGGCCAGACUUUUGAGCGCUUUAACUAAUUUGUGCGAAAAUUUCAAAAAGUGCUGUUGCUGCAAUAAUAACGCAGACGAAUGGGAUAAAAUCGGCGCAGCUUUAAAUUCCUCGGCAUUGACGUUUUGGCAAAAUUGGAUACACGACAGUGUUAAUGCUACAAAAGUUAAAGCGAAAGAACUUUUGGAGGAUGUAGAUCCAUUAAAAAUGCUUUCAAUCUUAUGCACUUGGGACAGCAUUGAAAUACAGGAGCAAACGGACGAGAAAAUCUUCAAGUCGCAAAUAAAAGUUCCGAUGAAACCGAGCCUCGCGCUUCAGAAACUUUUGAACGGCUUGAAUGAAAUGUUGAAUGCAAUCCUACCACAUACGGUUCCCAAAAAGAUCCACCUUAGUUUCAUAGAAGGAAACGUAUCUGUAAUAUUAGAUCAGUACGCUGAGGUGUUGCAAAUGGAUUUGAAUCAAACGCAAGCACUGCAAUUUCUGUUCGAUGUUAAAUUCCUGACCACAUUCUCAAUACCCAGAGAGAACUUGGAGCUUGGGCAGAAAUCGCAAAGUAUAUGCGAAAAAUGCCGAUCGUUCGUUGAUCCGUUUGAUUUAGAUGUGUUUUAUAAAUAUUUGCAACAUAAUGUUAAACAGAGCGUGCUACAGUCGCAAGUCAUUUUUGGGAGCCUAUUACCAACAUCUGGUCAACUUUCAAGUUUGGGAAUGCUUGAGAAAAGUAAAGAUAACGAAAGGGAACCAUCCGUACUUGGUCUGAGCAUACCAUCGACCACGAACUGGUUUACUCUGCUCCCAGUCACAGCUCCUCUCCAGAAAACUGUUCAACCUGCUAUACAGCAAACAGAAAGCAAGGUAUCUAAGGUUAAAUCAAACACAAGAAAACCAAACGACGCUGCAACUGGUGUAAGAUCCGCCGCUGCUUUAUUUGGAGCCAUGACAACAGACUGGUUUUCUUAAUUGUUGCGAAACGAAUUACUUGUAUAUUAUUUAAUAUUACGUAUCAAUAUAGACUAUAUUUUAAAUAACAAAAACAAU